AUGGUUCUUUUCAGAGGUACAGAAACCUCCUCUUCUAAAUAUGCUACUUCUCCUUCUGGAACUAGUUAUGACGUGUUCUUGAGUUUUAGAGGCAAGGAUACUCGCAAGACUUUUACAGAUCACCUCUAUACGGCCCUUCUCAACGCUGGAUUUCAUACUUUCCGAGAUGACCCUGAACUUGAGAAGGGAGAAAGUGUCAAGGAAAAUCUAGAGAAAGCAGUCCAACAAUCACGAAGUUCUGUUAUUGUGCUUUCAAAAGACUAUGCAUCUUCCAGGUGGUGUCUUCAUGAGCUUGUGACAAUCCUUGAACGCAAGAGAAUCUCCUGCGGUCAUCACAUUAUACCAGUCUUCUACGAUGUCGAUCCAUCUCAUGUGAGGAAGCAGGCAGAAAAUCUUGCAAAAAUUCCUAAAUACCAGGGAAAUCAGUCUUCGGAGAAGUUAAAUGAAUGUCGGGCAGCACUUACAGAAGUGGCUGAUCUAGCAGGCAUGGUGCUACAGAACCAAGCUGAUGGGCACGAAUCAAAGUUCAUCCAGAGUAUAGUUAAAGUGAUUCAAGACAAGCUAGGUCGUUUGCCCCUGAGCGUCAUCAAGGAGGUAUUAAUGAAGAAGUUGUCAUUUAGUAACACUGUUCUGGAUGACAGCGAGGGGAAGCAACUUAAUAACCCAGCUGUGAAGGACUGGCUCAGUGAUCUUAAAGAAUCUGUCUAUGAUGCAGACGAUCUGUUGCAGGAGAUCAACACAGAAGUGUUAAGGCAAAAGAUGGAGCCCGAAUUGGAAAGUAGCUUGAGUAAGGGUAGAGGAAGUUUGUAA